AUGGAACCUUUUGUUGGAAAGUGGCAACUAGAGAAAAGUCAGGGUUUCGCAGAACUCCUGAAGCAUCUAGGAGUGAAGCAAGAAUUGUUGGAAAUUGCUGACAGUACGAUAAACACCAUCGAGAUUUUGGAACUACCUCAGGGGCAAUACAAAUUUCAUUGUGAGAAUAAAGUCCAAAAUAGUGACGAUGUAUUUUACCUCGGCAAAGAGUUCCAGGAGAAAACUCCAGAUGGUCGAACACCUACAUCCACAAUCACUGUAGAUAAUGGUGUUAUGAAGCACGAACAAGUCGGAGGCGGUCAGACGGUCUUAAUUCUCAGAACAAUUGAAAAGGGGCAAAUGAAAACAGUAAGGCGAUAA